UCGAGAUGGCGUUCUGACACUAAACGAAAGACUUUGUGUUCCAAAUGUGGAUGAAUUGCGAAGGAGAUUUUGGAAGAAGCUCAUUCCUCUCCUUAUGCAAUGCAUCCUGGAACGACAAAAAUGUACCGUUCGUUGAGAUCUCAUUAUUGGUGGCCAAGGAUGAAGAAAGAAGUGGCUGAACAUGUCUUGACGUGUCUGCUAUGUCAGAAAGUGAAAGCGGAACAUCAAGCCCCAGCGGGAAAAUUGCAACCACUGUCCAUUCCAGAAUGGAAAUGGGAAAAGAUUACCAUGGACUUUGUCUAUGGUCUACCUAGGACUCAGAAGAAGAACGACGCCGUUUGGGUUAUUGUGGACCGAUUGACAAAGUCGGCUCACUUUAUACCCAUUAGAUGGGGUUGUUCGCUAGAGUUACUGACAAAGAAGUAUGUGGAGGAAAUAGUGAGACUACAUGGAGUACCCGUAUCCAUCGUCUCUGACAGAGAUCCGAGGUUCACUUCUUGAUUCUGGAAAAGUUUACAAGAAGCACUAGGUACUCGUCUGAACUUUUCAACCGCUUUUCAUCCCCAGACCGAUGGACAAUCUGAGCGAACAAUCCUCACUCUUGAGGAAAUGUUGCGAGCUUGUGUACUGGAUUUCCAAGGUUCUUGGGAUGAACAUUUUCCACUGAUUGAAUUUGCUUAUAACAACCAGUACCAUAGUAGUAUUGGUAUGGGGCUCCAUAUGAAGCUCUAUAUGGAAGGAAAUGCAGAUCCCCAGUGUGCUGGGAUGAGGAAGGGUUAAGGCAAUUGGAAGGACCUGAAAUCGUUCAGGUGACAGUGGAUAAGAUUAAAGUGAUCAGAAGCCGGUUGAAGGCCACACAAAACCGGCAAAAGAGCUAUGCUGAUAUCCACCGAAGAGAGAUGGAAUUUCAGAGUGGAGAGAAAGUAUUUUUGAAAGUGUCUCCUUGGAGAGGUGUUUUGAGAUUCCAGAAGAAGGGUAAGUUAAGUCCGAGGUAUAUCGGACCUUAUGAGAUUCUGGAAAAGAUAAGUCCGGUAGCCUAUCGACUUGCCUUACCACCGGAAUUGUCUCAAGUUCACAAUGUCUACCAUGUGAGUUUGCUUCGAAGAUACCGAUCGAAUCCGUCUCAUGUAAUGGAACCAGAUAAGAUUGAGGUCCAGAAAGAUCUAAGCUAUGUGGAGGAACCAAAAGUAAUCAUGGAUCGAAAGAUGAAACAACUUAGGAAUCGAAGUAUUCCUAUGGUGAAAGUAAUUUGGAAAAGUCACACUGGAGAAGAAGCCACGUGGGAGACGGAAAAAAGCAUGAGAGCACAAUACCCCUACUUGUUUCAAGGUAAAUUUCGGGACGGAAUUUUAUUUAGAAGGGAGGAAAUGUAACAUCCCUGCCCCCGUACAGAUUGUUAUGACGUGUUUGUGAUCGGGUUACAAAAAUUGGUCUUUUGAACCAGAAAGAAAGUGAAUAGUGAAAGUUUUAGAUUUAAUUGCAAGUGAAGGAAAGUUUAGGGCCAAAUGGACAAUUUGGAGGGCUGGAGAAUUCUAGAUAAGGGUGAUAAAAAUCUGCCCCAUCCUCUUAUCUCUCAUUUUCUUCUCAUCCCUUCCCCUCACUCUCUCCCACGUCCCUCUCUUGCUCUCUUUCUUCCACCUGCUUUCACCACCCCCAAAACCACCAUCCCCUUUUCAGAAAAAAGUGGUAGAUAGAUAGAAAGAAAAGGAUAUCAAGGAAAGAAAGAAGAAGGAAACAAGGGGUGCUGCCAAUUUUCGUCCAGCAGUAGGACAGCUUGUGGGAAAAACGAUUCUGGACACUUGAGCCGUUGGAUCGUUCUGAUAUAUAGAGGUUUUGUUCCACAUGUCCUUGUCUACAAUUGGACCGUUCGGAUCAUUGUUAUGAUCUCUGGUUCGUCGAGGAAUGUCGCUGGACAGAAGGGGUGCGACAUUGCUUUCCUGUAGCAGGACAGCAGAUUAUAGGUAAGAUCUUGUGCGAAGUAGCCGUUGGAUCUUUCUAUAAAUUUGGUAUAAUGUUAAGUAUAUAAGUUUCUUUGAGUUGACCGUUCGGAACUUAGUUUUGAUUUCGGAGUGGUCAGGAACAAUUGUUAGAAGUAGGGGAGUUGGAUUGAAGUGAGAAGAAAGUAGCUGACAGUUUCGAAACGUCAACUUAAAAUGAUUUCUGGGCUCCAAAUACUGAUCCAAAUGGUCUGAAAUUUGGAUAUGUUGUAGCCCUAUGAAUCUAGUUUCAGUAUCAAUAAGAAUCAACUGAUUUGGUUAAGUAUCAAGGGAGAAAUUACCGAAAUGAUGAAGCAGGGUAAAGAGUGCGGUCGUAUGACUUCCCUAGUGGCCUUAUCGACAUGCAUGAACACAACCAUGAUUUUGAUGACUGUAUAAGUAUCUUGGUGCUUGAAUAACUUGGAAAUAUUGUA